UCAAAGGUGUGUUUUAUUCUUCUAUAUUUCAUACCAUGAAUUGAUAAUAUAUAAAUGAUUGUAAAUCUUCAUUUUUGUACCUUAUUUAUUGAUUACUAGAUAUUAAAGUUAUUACUUCCCAACUACGUCGUUUAACAACUUCAAUAUAAAACAUCCACUGUUUAUUUUAUACAGCCAUGGGUGCAUAUUUUUUAUGUCUGUACACGUACAGCGAUUUUAUUAUCAGCCGAGUACAAGGUCUUAAUCGAUAACAAAAUCAAGGGGAGGUGUAAUCUCCGAUUUCCGAAUGCGUUUGUAGUGGACAGUGAGCGGAUACAUGUAAGUAUAUUCAUGUUUUCCUGAGCACAUAUAUCUUAUUUCAUCAUUUCGGAUAAUCUGUGUACAAAGUAAUAAAAUGGAAUUCGGAUAAUAAUCGGAUCUUGUAAUCUGGUAAUCUGAUCGUGUGGCUAUCGUUGAGGAGGCUUUUUUGAACGUGCACUUAGUAUACCAAUUAUAUAUAAUUAUUUGUGACCAAGGCUUAUGAUAUGCACACGAACACGUGAUUUAAACAUAUUAGCGCUAUAAAUGCAUAUAUGGGAAUGAGCUAUUUGAUUUAUUGCAUAUGAAAGAUACCUUUUUGAUCCUUCCCAUUGUUGAUUAAGCAUUUAUGUCGACAGAAUGCCUUAAUGGUAUUCGACACCUUAAUAUCUAUAAAGAUUGAAAAAACAACCAUGUAGUUUAAGGUUAUCGAUGGUUUCCUUGUUUACACACCAUUCUAUAUAAUGUCCCAUAAAUGAAUAGAUAAACACGUUUAAGGAAAAUUAAGAUACAGGAAUUGUCUGUGUUUCCCUAUCAUGGCAAAUUAUCAAACGAGUCCAAAACUUUUCAUUUUACCUAGGGUUCUGCCAGAAAUCGGAACUGAUUUCACCAAAUCUCAUAGAUGCAGAAAAUAAUGAAAUAUUUCAUUGAUCAUUUCAACUUUUCAAAGACAUUUAUGAAAACAUUGAUAAAAACAUUUAGGGUUAUUGAUUUGAAAUACAACAGAAUAUCAAUAUAAUACAAUUUAACGAAGCCGCAAGUAACGAAAAUCAAUAACGUGACAUCGUCUAUCCGUGGUUGUUGUUGUUCAUCUUUAUAUCUAUAACGAGUACUUGUGAUGGGUGAUAUUAAACUGAUAGCGGGAUACUCAUAUGAUAAAUACAAAAUCCUGUUACUGAUAAAAAAAAAAAUUUGUAUUUACUGAAAUAAAAAGCUGAAUUUCCCUAUAUUAUUAUGGAAAGAAGCUAUCAGAUAUCUUCUUUAUAAUUCUAUUCUGUAUAUGCAAAUCUUAAUUGAGGUUUUUGUUAUUGCAGAUAAUGGAAGCUCAAUGCACAGACCGCCUCUUAGUAGCCGCUAUAGAUUUUGGGACAACGUAUUCUGGCUAUGCUUUCUCAUUUCGGAGCGAUUUUGAGAAGGACCCACUUAAGAUGAUGGCGAAUCCGGUAUGGAAUUCAGGAAGUAGCCUUUCCGAGAAAACGCCUACCUGUCUCCUACUUGACCCGGACAAGAAACUCAAAGCUUUUGGUUAUGAGGCAGAAAACCAGUACAGCCAACUGAUCGAAGAUUCUGAAGACAAUGAUAUCGAUGACAGGCCAUAUGAGAAAUAUUACUACUUCAGACGGUUUAAAAUGUUAUUGUACAACGUUCGAGGGGGCAUUACCAGGGAAACAAUGAUAGAGGAUGAAACUGGGAAGAAGCUCCCGGCAAUGCUGGUCAUAUCCUUGUCUAUCGGGUACAUGAAGGAUCACCUCAAAACUCUCAUCAACAAGAGGUGUAUUGGCCUUGAGGAAAACGACAUCCACUGGAUCAUCACCAUCCCUGCCAUCUGGGACGAUUCAGUAAAACAGUUCAUGCGUGAAGCUGCUGUCAAAAGCGGCAUUAAAUCCGAUCAACUGUCCUUUGCACUGGAACCGGAAGCUGCAUCACUAUAUUGUCAAUUAGUGAAGGUUAAGGUGGCCGAGGUGGAUACACCUGGUGGUACUGAUGCGAAGAAGAAAGAGUUUGAGUCGGCAAAAUCUGGCGAAAAAUACAUGAUUCUGGAUCUUGGAGGUGGAACAGCGGACAUUACAGUGCACGAAAGGCAGGUGAAUGACAGUCUGAAGGAAAUUCACGAGCCAACGGGAGGACCCUGGGGAGGAACGGCUGUCGACAGGGAGUUCUUCAAAUUUCUGGCACAAGUCUUCGGAGGAAAAGUAGUAGAAAAGUUCAAAAGAAAAUGUAUGUCAGAUUACGUGGAUUUUUGUAGAGACUUUGAAAUGAAAAAACGAACUAUUAAAGCAGAAACAACUGGGAAAGUGAGUCUGAAACUCCCCAGAUCUUUCAAAGAAAUUUUUGAAGAAAAUUCAAACACAACUGUCCACAACGCUCUGAGCAAUUCUGAAUAUUUAGAAAAAUGUAGAUAUUUUAGUGACAAACUGAGAAUAGAUGCAGAUGUUCUGAAAGGGUUUUUUGAAGUACCGAUAAAGGAAAUCGUCAGUCAUGUUCACAAGUUGUUGAAGAAAGUAGGAAGGAUUGAAAUGAUCAUGAUGGUCGGAGGAUUCUCAGAUUGUGAACUUGUGGACAAAGCUAUUCGCGAUAACUUCCCUGGUAUUGCGAUAUUGAAUCCAAAAGAUGGUGUCCUUGCAGUUUUGAAAGGCGCCGUGAUAUAUGGUCAAAACCCCACGGCAAUUGUGUCCAGGGUCGCAAGAUAUACAUACGGCUAUGAAGUCUGGCCAAAAUUUAACCCCAAAAUCCAUCCCCUGGAUAAGAAAGUGAGUCUGAGUGGCAUUGAAUGUUGUAGGGGAGUCUUCCAGCAUUACAUUCGCAUAGGUACAGAGAUACAAUGCGGCGACUAUAUCACAUCUACACAUCGACCGGCAUCGGAGAAACAAAACGACAUGACCAUCAACAUUUACACAUCACAGCAGAAAGAUCCGAAAUAUAUCACAGAUCCAGAUGUACGACUACUUGGAACUCUCAAAAUUCCACUUCCAGUUUUCAAGCCAGGAUUGAGUAGAAAUAUACGAUCACGGUUUAAUUUUGGAGCAACGGAAGUGAUCGUAAAGGCAGAAGAAGCGGACACAGGGAUCAUUCACAAGGCAACAUUUGACUGUUUGUAGACUAACGUUUAUGGAUACCCUUGGUAUCAGAUUUAUAGUCCGCGUGAUAAAGACAGAUGAAACAACGACUUGAUACUGACACUUGAAUAAGAUUUUAAACAUACCUGAAGUCGAUCGAGACUUUACAACAAACUCAAACAAUUAUCAGUGAUAUAUUUACAGUAAAUUUUCAUCAUGCAGCAAUGGAAAAGGCCUCAGAAUUAAUUCUAGGAGGCGAUUAAGGGAACUGACAUAGGUCGAAAGACCACGAAAAAUGCAAAUGUAACCUUAUAUUUACGCAUACUAGCCUAUUAAGCAGAUUUCACAUACUUGUUUUUCUUUUACAAAAUAUUGACAAUAAUUAUGUAUUUUAGUAUAUAGCGAUUUUAUGUCAGAUUUUUAACCACAAAUUGAUCCACGUAAUACUAGAUGACCCAAAUAAUCAUCAAUGACAUGUUUAAAGUGCUAAAUAAAACAGGAAGUUGAC